AGCAUGGAAGUCAUACUUCGGAGCAAGUUUAUUCUGUUUAAGUGAGUUAUUUUUUGCUAAAAAUUGUUCCACCAUAUCAAAAAAAGCAACUUCAAUUGUAAGAAAUUCAAACGUGGAAAAUAAAGCUUACCAUACUGUGAAAAUCAAACACAAGUUACAACAUUACAUCGAGCAUAUGCUCGGCGUUGCGAUGCGUAUAGGUGAGACAGCCGUAAGUAGCGUUAUGAAUUCACAAGAGCAAUCGUUAAGCCAGUCAGCGGCGUGGAUAGCUGCUGCUCAAGCCGUCCAACAGCAGCAACAGCAGUCUGGUGGGUCCUAUUCCGGAGCUCACGGAUAUGGUCUGAGUCAGCAACAGCAGCAGCAGCAAUACGCACAAUACUACGCACUGUACCAGCAGAUGCAGUAUAACGCGGGUUUCGGAAGCGCAAAUAGUGGUAGUGGUAGCAAUGCAGGAGGCAACAUGAACAAUACAACCCCCGGGUUCGCGAGUUCUUCUAUGUCGAGUGUUUCGGACGGUAAUUCCGAUCUAGGGUCUCCCGGCGGUAUGUCGGGCAACAAGUUUUUCAGUUCUCCUCAACAACAGCAGCAGCAGCAGGGGCAGGCAAACAGUGAUGGGAUGGGAUUCAAACAGGCACCGAGCCAGUUUGGCCCGAUACGUUUCAACAUUAACAAGCACCCGCAGCGCGUCAGCCCACUCGUGGCUAGCAAUCCCCUGAUGCAAGCCAGUCAGAUCCACGCGCAGCAGCAACAGCAGCACCUUCAGCAGCAACAGCAUCAGCAGAUGAUGGCUGCAUUCCAGACUCAAAAUGGUUCCGGUGGCAAAAAGAAGCGCAAGAAGAACAAAAACAACAGCAUGAACCAGAACCAAUCGGGAGGCGGUAAAAACGGCAUGUUUAGGAAUGGGAAUGCCGGUUCAUUGAUAACGGCCAACAUUCCCCCGUUGAUGCCGGCCGGUUCGUUGCCACCCAAUACUGGAUCUGGCAAAACCGGUGGUGGUUUUGGGGCAACACAACUGGAUCUCAGCAAGCCACCGCCACCACUCCCGCAGGUCUCGGUUGGCGUUGGAUUGAUACCUCAACCACAGCCUCCGACGCCACCUAGCACCAUACCGAAGAAGCCUGAUCCGUUUCACAAUCCGACCGACGAUUGGCCACAGAGUUUGAAUGAUUUUGUGUCUCGCUGUUACGCUAAGUGCAAGACUGAUUUCGAUAAGGAUCAGAUCGACAUCUGUCUGAAGGGUCGAAUUACGGCCGCGGCUAACAAAGGCGAACUCUGGACCAAGGACUGGGAUAACGAGCCAGUGCCAAGCGUGCACAGUGAGCGCGCCAACCAGGUCCUGCUUCCGAAUCUUGGUGGCAACACUCUUGGAGGAAGCCUUGGCUUCGGAGUGGGUGGCAAGGCAAACAAAGCGGCACCAGGAGUAGCGAUGGUUGGUGGAGUAGGGCAAUACCAAAGCCCUUUAGGUACCAAGGGUGCACAACCGCAACAGCAGUUCAAUAGUGGGAUGAAGAAGGGUAAUAGUUGUACAGGGAUUUCGCAGUCGCUCGGCACUCGCCUGGGUGUUAAGCCCGGUGCUGGUUCCGGUGGAAAAAAGUCUCACACUUCUCGUUCCCGCUCCCGGUCGCCGGCUCGUUAUAGCAGCACUGGAAGCCGCAAUCGGCGAAGUCGCUCGUCUAGUAACGAAUCGCGCUCGUCACGCCGCAAGAACCGGCGCUCGUCGAACAGCAGCAGUAGCAGCAGCGAAAACAUCAUCCGGCAAGCUAAUAAAUCAUAUGGUAAUGGUGGCAAAGGAACAGCCAAGCAGCAUCAGAAGCAAAACAAUCACCAAAAGAAUCAGAAACACCACCAGCAAAAUAACAAAAAUCAGAAUGGGCGUAAUCAGAAGGCUCAAGGAUUUUACUCCGAGCACGGCCAAAUUGGUGGUGCAGUCGAGGGUGAUCUGGAGCAAUUGAAAAAACGGGCCGCACGAUUCAAUGGAGGAGGUGGCAAAAAAGUCCCGGCAACGCCCCCGGUCGUCGCCUCCAACAUUGUUUCACCGUUCAAUAGGAAGAAAAAGAUGGCCAUGCCCACGCCAGCUCGCUUCUUCAUCGACGACGCAGCCGAUCGAGAUAACGACGAUGAGGUGGAUCUGUUCGAUCUGCAUAUUGUCGGUACCUGUCGCGAUUUGGAAAAGAGCUUCUUGCGACUCACGAAGGCUCCGUCUCCUUCCGAAGUACGGCCGGUCGAGGUACUGCGACACUCACUGCAGAACGUCAAGAGGAAGUGGGUCGAAAAGCAGGAUUAUUUCUAUGCUUGCGAUCAGCUCAAGUCCAUUAGGCAGGAUUUAACGGUACAAGGAAUUCGAGAUGCGUUCACUGUACAGGUAUAUGAAACUCAUGCACGUAUCGCUAUGGAAAAGGGAGAUCACGAGGAAUUCAACCAAUGCCAGACGCAAUUGAAAAUGUUGUACGCUGAUGUUGGCGGCGAAAACCAUCUCGAGUUCACGGCGUACCGUAUCCUGUACUACAUUUUCACCAAAAACACUCUUGAUUUGACCACUAUCCUUAAGUCGUUAACGGCCACCGACAAGGAGAGCGACACCGUACGUUUCGCUCUUGAACUUCGGACCGCUUGGGCGCUGAGUAAUUAUAGCAAUUUCUUCAAGCUCUAUCGAAAAGCACCAUUGAUGGCGGGUUAUUUGAUCGAUUGGUUCAUCGAGCGUGAACGAAAAUUAGCACUCAAAUCCAUUGUCAAAGCUUAUCGGCCCAAUAUUCCGGUGGAAACGGUCAGCCAUAUGUUCGCCUUUGCCAGCGACGAGAAAUGCACCGAGUGGUUACAGUCGUUAGAAAUUAGCGUCAUUUCUGCACCAAUUCCGCCGACAACAGCGACAACGGACGAGGCUGAUGGGGGUGUUUCUGCUAUUGCCGGAGAAGCUGCUGCUGGUGCUGCUGCUGCGAGUACCGACAUGAAAAGUGCAUUUACAAACAAAACCACCGGAAUUUCCACUACAAGAGAGAACGGUGUGCGAAAAGUGAUCGACUGCAAGACGAGUAUGAAUGUGCUGGGAAAUUUCUAAGGAUCGAUAAGAUGCGCGCCAUGAACCGUGCACGGUCUUUUCGCUAUCACCGAAACUUCUUCCUCCGAGUUGCUGGCCCUCCUCUGCAGAGGAACAAUGCACAGUGCACGAUACAAUUUUUCAUUUGUCCGUCCCAUGGCUCCAAGCGGACGUCGCUUUACUGUGCCAAACCUGCCCCUCUUGCAACGCUCAUCGGUUUCGCUUCCUUAAAUCGUGCGACCCUGCGAGCUUGUCCUUGUGGUCGAUGAAGUUUCUGCACCGUGGAAGGAUGAAAAGAUGCUAUGUGACUUAACGCGAGGGUUCACACCAUCUUUGCUCGAUCCGAGGUUUCACCUGGCGAACAAAGGGGUUGCAAAGUAGUGGCAAGUGUAGCAGCAACUGGAAGGUGAAAGAUUUGUUUUAGAAUUUUUCACCUUUCGACAAGGAUGGAUUCAGCUUUCGACAGAGGAUGAUGACGAAUUCCUACCACCUUUCAAUAUUGCCGCCUCCCCUUCGUGCCUGGAUGCAGCAGUACAGCAUGUGAACGUUCCGAUUUCUGGAGUUGUGGUCAAGGCGUUAUUUAUGCAAUCCGCAUGACCACAACCCGAUGCAAUCGUGUGCUGCGUCGUGUAGUGUGUUUGUGUGUGGGCAAGUGUGUGAUGCGUUCUAAAAGUGCAGCGAUGGGAUUUAUUUAGGAACAUUGUAUGGCCAGUGAAGUGGUGCGAGAGUAGGUGAUGCCGAGAGACGACAAAGAUUGUCUCAAGAACUUCCUGCUGAAUGAAGUGGUCUUGCAGCAACCGGUGUGUUGUCCUUCGCCUCACUUUCGCCAUCUGCGGGUAGAACCGUAACACGAAUUUCACAAUCGAGGCAUCUUUUUGGGCGAUAAAUUGGCUCCUUCGAAUGCUCAGCGAACGCUACAGAGUUGUGUUCCGGGUAGCAGCUUACAUCACACGUUUGAAACAUCACCAAAUAUUCAAAACCGAGCGGUCAUCGAAGAAAUAAGGCUUCAUCUAAUUGCAGCAGUCUGAUAAGUGGAUCGGAUGGAUUGCUCUUCAGCGGGCAAUCCUUACCUUCAUCACUGAUCAUACCCAACAUCGCACAAACCAUUAUGCUGUAAGGUAUUUCACCAUAAACAUCCGUUCUUUACGUCAACGUCACCUGAAUUUGAGGGAAAGAGCAAAUGCGAACGCAGUGACAGUUUUGACGAGAUAAGAAAGUGGUUUUGGUCGUAGUGUAGCGAGUGAAAACGAGUGUUUGUUGUGCGUGCCGUUGGUGUUUUAGAGAUUGGCAUUACCAGACUGACUUAACACAGUUGGAUAGCAUUUCCGAGGACUGCAGAUCUCUUAAACGGACGAAUUAGGCAAACCAUUAUUUGCGAAAUCAUCAGCUGCUUAACCUGAUUGUAUGAACCAUUUUAAAACGAGUGUGUGCGUUAUCCUUGCGUUGGGAAAAAUGUGAAAACGUAGAAAAAACAACGCCGCGACCAUGAACGAUCCAGUUUUUUGCUCUAUUUUUUCCAAUCAUUUAAACCAAUCGUUAUAAAGAACAUUUUACAAGAAUAUUCUUUUCAACCGCUAAAUUAUCUCGCGCGUGGUGAUUAGAGAGGACGGCGCCACAAGUGGGAAUAUACAGUUCUAAAGGGGUCAAUUCCGUCAUCCAACCAUCCCUCCUGGGCGCCAAUCCUCGUCCUCUGUUGUGUCGACUCCCGUUACUCUGGAAAUAAUCCCUUCUUGAGACUCGAAAAUGAUCAAGUUUCAACCUUCCUACGGCGUGUCCCUUUUCAUGUUGCUCUACGCACCGUACGUUGAAGAUCUUCUGCUGACAUGGUAAUUGUUAAUCGUGUCAGCUUAGCACAACGCUAAGCUACAAGCCAAUACGAUGCUGAAUCGACUCUAACAACAAACAUCGACAACACUGGAAUCGAGUCCACAACAUUCAACAAAAUCGCACAUUAUGCUUAAUGGUUAAAGUUUCGGUUUUGAACCGUUUCUUACGAAUGGAGGAUGCCUCGUGGAAAGCUUUCGGCGCUUUACUGGAAAAAAGGCCACUCCAGGCCCAACUUUUUGUUAAACCGUAGACAAAUAGCAGAAGUACAUCGAUUUAUGAUGAGAAACUCAUCACCAUGAAUGGAUGUGUGUUGGUCAACUCCUGUUCAGUUUUGUUCUUCCGUUACUCUGUAUAUAACUAUAUUUACGUAUAGAUAAUGAAUUACUGUUGGCGAAAGCGCAAUCCGUCUGUCACGCCAAUGAUGCUGAUUUUAUCGUUGCUGCAAGAAGUGUGUGAAAACGGUUGCUCUCAAGUCUUCUGCCGAGUUGUAUGAUAAUUGCAAAUGGUACAAAACGUUGUAUGAUCGAAGACAAAAAGCGACUGAGAUCAUCUAUUGGUUAGCAAGGUUCCAUAAGAUGUGAAUAGUAAGAUUUUCAAUAAAUAUAUCUUUUU